AUGGCUGUUCCAACCUCCCAGUGUCUAUGUGUUGCAACGGUGGCUCGCGCCUGGGAGCGCAUCGAAAAAAUGGUCGAUAUCACUCUUGAUGUGAUCAUCGCUGCUAGUGCACAAACCAUUCAGUUCUCCCAGCAGUCACACAACUGCCAGCUACACAGCCGAACAUCGGCGGCGGAAGCACUUGACACCUUCAUUCGCAUCUAUGGCAGGCUGGUCACCUUCUUUGAAAGAGCUAUAACUACGUAUGCCACAAACCCGCCACCUCCUCUGCCGACACCAUCGACUUUUCAAAGAACCAGGCAGCGGAACUUGCACUCUUCGCUAGAUGAUCAGGUUCUGGAAUCAGUUUUGCUGGAUUGUGGCACACAUCGAUCCCCACAAGAACAACGCAGCCCUACCGCCGUUGUCUGUCGACCAUCGAAAAUGACAUUGGGCCAAUAUGAAAUGGACGAGCAGCAGAGCCAGUAUUUGGCUCUUGAUGUUAUUUACCGGACUCUUCGCAAUCUAGUCACCGUCCUGCAAGAGAUGGGUGGUCGGGAGAACGCAGAGAUCAGAAAAGUGGACGCGCGAUUGCUGACCAUACUUGUGCAAGUCAGGCGGCUGUUGGAAAAUACGUCGGCUAUUCUUUAUACCUUAGAAAGCUAG